AUUUUUUUGAAAACAAAUACAAAACAUGUACAAGCAAAUUCUGGUUCUCUUUUUCUUGGUUGCCGCCGUCGCUGCUGAAACUGCUUACUUUGCUUUCAAGACCCACGGAAGUUACAAUGACCUGGUCUUUCAAUUGACGGAUGACAAGCUUAUCAAGCAUGCACGCGAUCUUCUUAGUGGUGCCACCGAUGAGGAACCUCAUAUUAUGGGAAGAAUUAGAAAACAAACUGCUUCUUAUAACCCAAAAUACAGCUUCUACAUUGAUCCUACAACCAUCCAAUUUUUUAAUCACGCUAUUGAAGUUUGCGACUCUUCUCUGACAUAUCUUGAAGAAAAUCUCGAUGAAGCCUGUGGCGCUUUCUUACCUGGAUGUUUCUUCUGUCCCUGGACUUCUAAGCUUACUAAAGAAAUAACUGAUAUUAAAUAAAUAAAAGCUUCUCUUUCGUGCCCUUUUUUUUUCAACAAUAAA